AUGAAACUGCAAACGAUUGUUAUAUGUGUGCUUUUACUGUGUGCCGUGGCCGUUGUAUCUUGUGGACGUUUAAGUACUAAUCUGAGCUCGUUCGCUUGUAAGCAAUCCAACCGACAGAUAAACAUAUUUCGACCACAAGGGUUCAUGGUAAAGCAACGCAUCAGGAAACACCUGGAGUCCAUCGAUCUAGAGGUGUACAUUAACAAAAACUAUCGGCAACAUCCCUCGUGUGACAUUUGCGUGAAUGUUACGGUCAAUAACGAACGGAAAAAAUGGUUAACCAUAAAGCAUCCCUCGGCAGUAGUCCUUCCAGGGGACACAGUACAGUACUCCAUUACCAAACACUACCGAUAUGGUCCACCGAAGCGAUUUAGCUGUAACCUCCAAGUCGAUGGUGCCAUCAUGAAGUUUUUGCCUAAAGCAAUGUCUCCACCAUCCUGCCCGGUGAAUGGUGCUUCGAGUACGAAACGCAAUUAUGCUGCAGAAAAAACGUUACUAGAGCAAACAAUCAAUGGCCUUCUCUCAUCCUGUGACGCAAUGGAUGUGCCAAAACUGCUCGUCUUGGCCGAAGACAAAAAGGCAAUUGAGUCUGCAAGAGAGCCACUGAAACGAUAUGUUGUUGACCGGCUGUACUCGCUUCUGCCAUCGGUAGAUUGGCACGAAACGGUGGAAAACGUUUACGGUUCCCCGGAAAGAAUCGUGUUGGAAGUGAAAACGGUACUGAUGAAGCUGAAAAUUCUUCACAGCAUCCGGGGCACGGAUGUGGCAAAAAUAGUUACUGAUUUUGAAGAGCUAAGCCGUUCGGCUAAGGAUUCUGAUGAAAGCGGAGAACGCAUGAAGUUUGUCCGUAAACCAAUCCUACGGUCCUGCCCCGUACUUCGUCCCAAACCUGCAACAUCGAGUAAAAAGCGCAACUAUGCCGCUGAGAAAGCAUUGCUAGAGGAAAAGAUCAACGAUCUUCUUUCGUUCUGUGAAGGAACACGUGUAACGAAACAGCUCGUCUUAACCGACGACUACAAGGGCGAACAGUCCGUGAAAGCACUAAAACGAUACGUACUGGAUCGGCUUAACUCACUGCACCCAUCGGUAGACUGGGAUGAAACGGUGGAGAACGUUUACCUUUCCCAGGAGAAGAUAGUGUUUGAUGUAAAAUCGGAACUAAUGAAGCUGAAAAUUCUUCACAGCAUCCGGGGAACUGAUGUGGCAAAAAAUAUCGUUGAUUAUGAAGAGCUAAUCCUUUCGGCAGAUGACUAUGAAGAGAGCAGUGGGGAUUAUGAUGCGUAG